GCGAUGUGCGCGCGCUUCGAGGCCGGGGACGCGCGCGCCUGGUACGCGGGGCCGCUGUCGCGGCGCGAGGCGCACGCGCGGCUCGCGGCGCGGCGCGCGGGCACCUUCCUAGUGCGCGACAGCGUCACGAGCCCCGGCGACUUCGUGCUGUCCGUGCGCGAGGCGGGCGCGCGCGUCUCUCACUACAUCGUGAGCCGCCUCCCCGCCGCGCGCGCCUUCCGCAUCGGGGACCGCCACUUCCGAGACCUCCCCUCGCUGCUGCUCUUCUACGCGGCGCACCACCUCGACACCACGACGCUGCGCGAGCCCGCGGGCGGCGGAGCACCCCCCCCAUGUCAGCAGGUGCCCCCGGCGUUGGCGAGCGCCCCCAUGGACUAUGUGCAGGCGCUGUACGACUUUGCCGGGAGCGACGCUGAGGACUUGCCGUUCCAGCGCGGGGAGGUGCUGCUGGUACUGGACAGGCCCGAGGAGCAGUGGUGGACGGCGCGCAAUCGCGCGGGGCGCGCGGGCAUGAUCCCCGUGCCGUACGUGGAGCGCUGGGCGCCUCCCCUGCCGCCGGCGCCCACCCCCCAGCCUCACUGGGGCAGCCACGGGCCCCCAGAGCCAGUCCGCUGCCCCCCCUCGACGCUCGCGGGCCCCCCGCCCGCCAACGGCUCGCCGCCCACCUCCGCGCCGCUGGGCGACGAGGCUCCCGCGGAGCCGUCCGGGGACGCCGGGAUCGGGAAGGCGGGGAACGGCGCGGUGGCGUCGCGGCUCUCGCAAGACGCUUAGCGCCAGGGCUCGGUGGGAUUCGCCGGCGUGGACGCGUGCACUUGGCCGUCACGCUGGCUGUGCCCGGAGCGCGUCACUCGGCCGAGAGCCUGUCCAAACGUCGGUGCUCUCUUGGAAAAAACUAUCUAAGUGAUUUCCUGCUGCUCAGAUGAGCCAUGUUGAAGCAUUGGUGCUCAAUUCUUGUUUACAGGCCUGAGCCAGUGGUGGAAAUUCCUAUGGUGGGGGUGAGUCUUAUCGGUAGGACAACCACUGUUGACUUUCCCACGAAGUUGUACUUGUUUUAACCACCCUGAAAGAAUAAUGGGCUUAGUCAAUUGCCCACCCAGGAUUUCAACUCGCGACCUUCCGCUUGCUCUACCACUCCGAGCCACCCAGCUGGGGUAAAAUGCAAGGGAGAAAAAGUGAACAACUGUAAUCGUGGAAGUGGCAAAGUAACACCGCAAAAAUAUUGAAACUCGGAGCACGGUAGUACAUGCCUGUACCACGGCAGUUGUGCUUUGAUGUAACAGAGCAACGGUGCCGCCACAUGCGAUGUGCGUCGUGUUGAUUCAGGUUUUGCGUAAGCGUUCUCCCUGUGUGUGUGUAGGGUUAUUGAGUUGCAAUCGCAACAUUCUCGAGAAAGUCACUGUCCACAGAAGGAUCCUCCUGAAGAGAGUCUCGAGGCUUGGCGAGGCCUUUCCUGAUUGACUUGAGGACUGUUGUCAAUGCAACAAUCUUAAAUGUUUAAUAUAAAACGUGUAUAUUACGCAGAAACAGUCGACAAUUGUGUGCGACAGUAAUGGCCGUGAAAUGUUUUGGUUGAGACCUCGGUGAAUGAAGUGGUGGUUUUGGAACCGAGUAAACGGGCCACCAAGGGGGCACCACCUACCUUGGAGUGGCAUGCACAUCCACACCCUCCGUGUACAGCAGCAUGAGUAGGAUGAGACAGCUAAGCGCAGACCUUGGGGGCCAUGUGUGGACUGCAGAUGCUGCCGCUGCUGCUGCACGAUUUAGAAGGAGGAAACGAUGAGGUGUGGUGGUAUCACCUUCGUUGUCCGUGACGACCUCCUGAACGUCAACUUGAGUGAAUCCCAGCCACUCCAAGGGGGGGCACACGGGGCCGUGGGGCUUUGUCGUUCAUUAGGGUGGCAUCGAAUGGCCUUCUGGGUGUGCGCGGGUGGUUCUUGCAUACACAUUAAUGAAUGGAAACUUAAAGAUCUAUGUCCAAGUUUCAAAUCCACGCAACGGCUUCAGGUGAUGCCGAAUGAAUUGCUGCUGCUGCCUCCGUUGUAUUUGCGAGGUGGGUGGUGUGGAGUUGAUUUGGUGUGAGAGGCACCGAAGUUGAUCGUAUGCGCUCACAACCACGGUCUCGCAGGGAGUGGUGGCACGAGCUCGGCUCUAUGGUACAGACGGUGACGAAGCGCAACAUAGCCCCGCAUGAGGCCCCAGCUCAGCAAGGCAUAGCUCACGUUAAAGCCACCAUUGAACUACAGAGGAGGGAUGCACGGUAGGGGUAUUUAAGAGGGGUGGUUGGGGUGUGUUUGGGAUGUUGUAGUGGUGUAGUGGUGAUGGUAGAGAUGUAGUGAUAGCAGGGUGUGGUGGUAGUGGUAGGGGGUAAUAGUGGUAGGGUGUGGUAGUGGUUGUAGGGUGUGAUAGUGAUGGUAUGGUGUAGUGUGGUAGAGUGUGCUAAUAGUGGUAGUGAUGGUAGGGUGUGGUAGGGGUGGUUAAAGAGGCUCGUGCCCUGGUGGUGAGGCGGUGUUGUGAUCCAUAGCACGCGGUAGUUAGUCCCUUAAAAUUACUGCCUGUGAGAGAAGCUGUCAGCUACAAAGCCUGGGAAAGCCCGGUCUGUGUUGACACGGGAUCGUCCCACAACAGCAGUAUUCCCACACUGCCGUCUGUAACACUGUCAAACAGCUGUCCCGAAAACCUUUCGUGGACUGUGACACGCGGCCCCUCAAAGCAUCGUAGUUCCAGGUGCUCUGCCUGGUGAUGGUGGCCCAACCCACUUGAGCUGAAUAGGGCGCAGUUGUGAUUGUAGUUCUUGUAUCAAUAGCCGGUUCAUGAGGAAGAGAGAGGAAAUGCAUUCCGCAUCUCCUGAAUCUGACCACAACGCAGCUCCUGGCAUCAGCGAGCGGCGGGCGUGCGUGCCGCAGUGCGUGCAGGAAACUCGCAGUGCGGGUGCAGUGCCUGGAAAGAAGCUGCACAUCGCAGUCUUCGCUGGCCGGAUGAGAUCGGGGCACCGUGGUUUGGCGACUUGAAGCCCAGUUCUCCCUGAGCUGCCCCUCUACCCUCCCUGUAAUUUAAUCUCCAACAUCUCCCUUCCUCCCUCCCCACUUCCACUGCCCCCACUUCACUCUGACACGAAUUCCCUCCCCGCCCCCAGCCAACCCCCAUGCCUUCCUGUUGCCUUCUCUCGACAGGUCUCUCUGUUAGAUCCAUAUCUGACAGAGAGGGUCCUUGCCUAUAAACAUCCGGCAGUUCACCAUUAUUGGUCCAAGCAAGCCUAUGCUGAUGAAACACUGAAUGUUGAAACCUGUUUGUAGUUUGUGUUGAACCAAUGCUGCGUGUGGCUGAUGGGAUGUUUGAAAGAUACUUUUAUAUUUUACGUGGCGGGACAUUUGAAAGAGGCGAAUCGUCUGCUGAUUUAUUCUGUUACUUAUAUCAACAACAACAAUGGCAAAUUCUGAUUUUGUGGCCUGGGUUAGGUUUAGUCUGGACCAGGUAUCACAUCUGUCGAUGGAAGUGGCAUAGAAUAUCUCCAGGGCGGCAACCAGAGCUGUGAAGCAUUCAUCUUGUUUACAUUAUUUAGCACGUGCAGUUUAACACGUGGCACUGGAGUAUUGAGUUGGUAGCUUGUAAUGCAAAUGGAAUUAAGAGCUGUGACUUAACAUGGAGUCUCGUAUUUAAGUACUUUGUGAAUUGUGCAAUGGAAUUAGUGUGUUCCCUGCGGUUGGCAUGACUUGGAUUUUAUUUGUGUUUGUGCUCCACCAGUUGUGGUCUCUGAAAUUACGUUUAGACGCGGCUUCUCUAUGAGCCAUAGGUUGGGCGUCGUUUUGGAGGUGUGGAUUCUGCGCAAGGGGAGCUCGGUCUACAAUGUGAUUCACGUUUGAAGGGGCAACCGCUUUUCAGAGAUUACCAGCAGCUACAAAAACAUCCAAACUGGUGGAAAAUUGAGGAUUUUCAGUGAUUGCUUUAUAUGGAAAACCGUCUUUUUACCAAUACCUGAAUUGGCCCAAGGUUUAUGUAUUAACGGUUAGUUGUGUGGUUUAUACAAUGUCGUUGGUUUUGGCGAAACAUCCCGAUGCAGGACCCUCCUGAAAAAUAGUCUCUGGACUCUGUGUGGUUUUCCUGGGUAAAUCAGUAAUUAUAUUAAUUAUUGUGAUGGUUUGUACAAGGGUGGGGUGUGGUUUGUGUGUGGUGGAGUGCAUAGUCUGUGGUUCGGAGUAUUGUGUAGAUUCAGGUUGUGGGUUUGUACGAGGGUGGCGUGUGGUACGUGUGUGUGUGUGGUUUGUAAGAGGGUUUUUAAACGAUAACGGGUAAAACUGGUAAUCGUUUUCAGAAUCGGUUACAGAAUCCGAAAGUCAGGAUCCGAUAGCCAUUUCAAAUGGAGUUUCAGUAAUAAAUGGACCAAUUGGCACGCGCUAACGUUCAAUCGACAUGGUCGCCUGAGUCACGGCGUUAUGUUGUGUGUGCCCUCGUUUCUCAGUUCAAAGUUGACCAGAUACCCUGGCCCUGCUGGCAGCAGGGCCAGGGAAUUUGGUCAAUUCUUCCACACUGACCGUACGUGUUGGAAUAGGUGAGUGUACCGACACUUUACUCCAUUUCACGUGACCUGGCGAUGGACUGAUUGUGGUCUUACCCAUUUAUGAAACUUCAUCUGCUGCACCAGGAGGUUGAAUUGAACCGGCGACCUUUGGAUUAAAAGUUCCGUGUGCGAACCAUAACACGAUGGCAGCUCCCCGUCCUUACAUAUGUUGGUUUUCUCCAGACACUCGUUUCCUACGAGAAAUAAAAAUAUUACAGGAGAAAUUUUCCUGUGGGACCCUCCUUAAAAGGAAUAUUGAAAAUCAAACAUUAAUGGGCAAAUUAAUCCCAUUUAGCUACAAAAGAAUAUAAUAAAGUUAUUGAUUUAUCGAUCCAAGAAAACGUCACCGUUCUCAAGGCUCGUUUUCAGGUGGGCCCUGCAUGGCGACGUUUAACCAAUUCCAUGAUGAGGUAUGAGUUUGUACGUGGGAGGAAACUGAAGUGCCCAGAUUAAAUCCCACGUAUAAGGGAAAACAAAGAUCCACACAGAUGGGUUCACAGGCUCAUCUGUGCUGCCACCUCAUGGCAACCAUGCAGCCCAGUGAGUUUGGGAGUUUUACAAAGCUACAUGACCCACCAACCCCUUCCCUCCAGAGCGCGAGAUGAGAAGUAGUUGAACAUAGUUUUAUUUAUGUAUUUAUUGCUUUCUGUUGAAACCGUGAGUGUUUAGCGUUGGAUGUUCCGUGCACUGUAAAAACUGUUUUUUAUGUGGAUGGACGGAUAUGUGGAGGACGCGGAUCAUCUGCUUAGUUAUUUUUCAAUUAUAUUCUCCACAACGACGCUCAUGAUUAUUUCGUGUUUCGUUUACAAAUGAUGGCAGUGGCCUAAGUAUUAUUAUAGUGUUGUCCGGAGCACUUUCUAUUUUUGCAAGUGACUCGCACUGAAUGAACCAUUGCUAAUUGGGCCUAAGUCGUGUCAUAUAUCUCCCAGUUCUGCAAGAGCUGCACUGCCUCCGUGACAUCAAAACUUGUUUCUGAAGGUGGCAAGGGUGAACGUGUGCAGCUUCCUGGACAAACUCGCAAACAAUCCAGAGCCCUCCAGCUGUACUCCAGCCCUCCUGCACAGAUCCAGUGGCUGUGGUGACGUCAGGUGAAGAAGUCCCGCGUGGCCAAGAAUAUCGCGAGCUCGUGUGGAGCAUAAUGCCGAAGGGGUUUUGGACCAGAAACAUUACACAAACAUAAUUCUCGACCUUGAUCUUCAUGACUAAACUCUUGGGACGUGGCACUGCGGUGCCAACAUUCAGCACACGCUGUGCCACAUGGUUGUCAAGUAUCUCACCGUGAAGUCACACCAGGUGCUGCAUCAUAUUAAUCUAUUCGUGUCUUUUCGAGAAGUGAUCACGUAAAAAUGCGCGUGUUGUGUUCAAACCGCCAUGGAAAUACAGGGUUAUUACCGCUCCUCUGGCUUGCGAUAGUGACUCGCUGAGCGAAUUUUGUGCGUUAUAAAUCGAAUUCCUCAUCACUAUUAUUAUCUCAAGCACCAGCACAGAACUGGGCUCUCUAAAUGCUUAAUGGCAUGAGGCUAUGCUAGUAUUCCGGGUGCGUCUCUGCUCCUUGGCUUAGAGGCAUCAGAGCCGUAGAUAGCAGUGGGCAGCAGCUUCCGAUAUCAUGGCCCAGCCCUUGGCAGAUCCCAUUAUGACAUUGUGUGAACUAAAGCAUAAGGCACAAGUGAAGCCAGAAUUCCAAACCGUGGCCUCUGGUGAGGGCAGCUUCAGUGCAGACGAUGCCCAUGGGAGGCGAGGGCGGCGUGUCCACAUGCGGUGCCGCUAUUGCAGCGUCUGCAAUGUUUCCAGACCCGUCCUCUGGACAUGCAGUCUGGGCACCAUGACUGCCAAGGAUCAUCGGAGCUGCGAUGUACCGUGAGGUCACCGCAGGCUAGGGCGUGUAGAUGAAGCAUCCACCACCUUUGCUUUUAAGAGAACUCUCCAUUGUGCCGUAGGCUGCAAUGAUCUUUUAUUCAAGGGUAUUGGUGUUCAUGUGGAUCGUGGAUCUGCUAGUAUGAAAUGCAUGCCAUCUAGAGUCAUGGUAAAUCUGUUGCUGUAAAUGAAAGGGAAAACUCCCUUGUAUUUUCAAUUGCAGUGUAAUUUGACCGUGCAUCCAAGUUUCGCGAUCAAUCAAUAAUUUGUCCAUUUCACCUAAUUUUUGCGCGUUACAAGUCAUAUGAUCAUAAAGUGAUUACACUAUAUCCUGUGUUCACGUAGAAAUUGGCGGCAAAUAAAAUGACCACAUGGCAAGAA